GUUAUUUCUUUGUGUUUUUUCCUGUGGAAGAUACCGUGGGAGAGGCCAUUAAAUUGGAUCCUGGGAGCUCCCCAAGAAGAGCCUGGGGGAAGAGCCCGACAGAGUCUGUGCUCAGGAUCCUUGGAGAAGCUCAGCUACAACUUCAGACAGAGCUGUUGGAAAACACAGCCACAGGAAGUGAGAUUUCUCCUGAAAGGGAAAGAUACAAAUCCUUAGUUACUGGAGAACAAAAAGUACAAUGUAUUUCACUUGAAAUAGACCCAUCAGCUACUGUUGAUUCUCCUGCUGAGACAAAAAGUCCAGAGUCUAGUGCAGUAUCAUCGCCACAGAUGUCAUUGAGAUCAGAAGGAAAUUUGGAAGAGCCCGCUGACUUGGAGACAGAAGCUCUUCAGGAGCCAAGGGAAGCAAGCAAAGACGACAGCCAGCCACACCCCGUCCAUGACAUGUGGGUCACCGUGGAGCCAAACGCAAGGGAUACCAAGUAUGUCAUGUCUCAACCUGACACCUUAAACCCCGGAGCUGUUUGCAAAAAUAGUGCUGUAAUAGCCCAAUAUUGCAAUGUAAUAUCUUGA